AAAAGAGAGUUCCCCCAAAUUUGUUUCUCAUUCACCAUUCUUUUUCUCAAUUCAAAGGGGAGAGACAGAGCGCAAGAGAGAGAGAGAGAGAGUGGAGAUGGAAUCUCAAAAACAAGAAAGAAGCGUGAAGGAGAUGAAAAUAGUCACUAAGAUCAUAGCAUUGGCAUCCAUUUUCUCUUUUAUACUAUCUUACUCUUCCUUAGUCUCUUCUCUUCAACAAAGACUUCAGUUGCUGUCCAUGUAUAGCAACCUUGUGGACAAGAAGUACAUGUUUUUGCUAUGCAAUGGGAUUGUGGGCUUUAUCGUGGGGAGUUUCCGAGGGAAUUCUGAAACUCUUUUGCACGAUAAAACCAUUAACAUCGUUGACAGAACAAAAGAAGUAAGGAUCAAUGACUUAAAAGAAACAGAAGUCAAGAAAGUAGUGGCACUACUUGAAGAAAAGAGUGUUUCUAAAGAAGAAGACAGAGUUGUUUUGUUUAGAGGAGGCGAAGAAGAACAAGAAUUAGCAUUGGUUGUUGAGGACGAUGAGGAUGUAUUAGUACAAGACCUCGCUAUCACUAUGGUAGAUGAUCAUAAUGAUGACAAUGAGAUAAAUGAUAGUUUGUUAAGUUCGGAAGAAUUGAACAAGAAAUGUGAGGAGUUCAUCAGGAAGAUGAAGGCAGAGAUUCGAUUCGGCAAGAGAAGCAAAUAAUUUUCUUAGUCCCGGAUAGAUGACUUUUCUAGAGUUUAGUUUAGCUAUCUUUAGUUUUCAUGUUCAGCAUGAGAAGUUUAUAUUUUUCUCUCUUUUGACGAAUAGUUUUGUACUUUUUUUCCUCCCUUUUCUUAAUUUCCAAAUAUCAAUAAGACGUCCUCCAUAUUGGCUACAUUGAUAGGA